AUGGCGCAAAUCUUGCGGACAUUCAGGCUCUCUUUGAUAGAGAGGAAGCCCAAUCAAAUCACUUUACCGAGCCGAGGAACUUCUGGUAGAGGCCAGACUCCGGGCACAAGGCGACCAUCGACAAUCUUCAGACGCGCCGAAUACAACGUCCAGCAUUUUCGUCAUAACCUCCACCACGAUGACACUGCAGUCCGUUUCACAAAUCGGGCAACAACGCGAAGGUCGCAACAGCAACAGCAACAGCAACAGCAACAGCAACAGCAACAGCAACAGCAACAGCAACAGCAACAGCAACAACAGCAACAAACCACCCCUGAAGCCAGCGACGGUUCAGCAGCACCCUUGAACCCUCACCAAAACGGCUCCGUUGAAAAAUGGAAGCCAUCCAUCGUCAUAGGUUCUCCUCUCUGGGCCGAAGGAGAGGAUCUCAACGCCAUUCAAAUCGCCGAUCGGACGGUCAUUCAGACCAGUCUAUGGGUCGACCACUACCGGGGCGUGCCAUACUUCGUCGAGAAGCACCAAAAGGCGGUCGAGGAGCGGGCGCAGCUGGACGAAUCGGCCGAAGAGAACACCAUGCCCAGAUCCGCGCUCAAAUCCACCCACUCCGACGCCAUCCACGACCGUCUCGACGUGCUCCGCUCCCUCCUCCAAGACACCACCUUCCCCGGCGAGCGAGCCAACCUCGAAGCGGCCAUCGCCGGCUACGAGUCCGGCGCGAUCCCCUACUCCAACUCCUACACCCUCCUCUGGGCGGGUCACAUCGUCGACCGCUGCCCCGACUUCAACUCCUUCACGCACGACCGCGCCGCGCGCCUCGACCGGUACGAAGCGGCCCACGGCCCCGGCUGGCUGUGGUACGAGCCCUCCCUCAGCAACAAUAACAACGGCAGCAUGCGGGGGCCGAUCAUCCUCGCCAAAAGGGGCUUCUGCCUCGAGAGCAAGCACGCCUGGCGCCAGGGCACCGAGAACAUGGGCCACUACAAUAUCCGCAUGGGGUUCCGCCGGCGCAAGAACACCGUCACCCGCUCCCCCCCCACCACCACCCCCGACAAAAAUAACAACAAACCCCCCCGCACCGCCAGCAUCCCCCAACCGGACACCUCCGCCCCAGACACCACCACCCCCGACCGCGACGGCCCGCAACUCAUCUACAACAUGCUCCUUGACAGCGGCGCCACGCUGCCGACGCUCUGGGCCGGUGACCUGCCGGCGUUGGGGAUCGACCCGGAGCGGUACUCGGCGCAGUCGGCGCGGCGGGUGAACACGGCGGACUCGGUGCUGGUGUCGCGCGUGUACGAGCUGGACGUGCGGGUGCUGGGUGGGGAGGAGGCCGCGCCGCUGGGGUUGUUUGACGGCCGGCGGGAGGGGGAAGGGCAGGAGGGGCAGGAGGGGGUUGUGGGGGGUGGUGUGGCGGCGGCUUCGGCGGCGGUGGUUGGGGUUGGGAAUGGUGGCGGGGAGGGGGCCCAGAGUGAGGACGGGGGCGAGUUUGGCGUGUUCAGCUGCACGAUCCCCGUGCUUGUGUUUCCCGGCUAUUCCAAGGAUUUCGGCGCUGCCAACCAGGUCCCCGACCGGCUCAGCGGCCUGCUGCCGUUCCAUGUGUGCUACCUGUCCGGGGCGCCGGGCACGUUUAAGCUGUGGAUGGGUGAGGAGAGGCGGGAUGUGCUCGGGGCGGGUCGGCUGCCGGGGAUGAUGCGGUAUGGCGAGAUUCUGGGAGCGGCGCAGACGGGUGAGAAAUCAAAGAGGGUGCCGGCGUCGACGACGCUGAAGCUCGCCCAGUGGCGGAAUCAGAGCUUGAGAACCCCAGACCGUGUCAUAUUCGAGCAUGACCUUGUUGAUGACGCCGGUGGUGUGCUGCGAGAUGAGGACGUGGGCGACGGCAAUGUCAUCAUGCGCGGGCCGAGGGGAACCAAUUUCGACAAACUUGAUACUCAGGCCGAUGGCGUCCAGGUGCUACACAUCGGCCGUAAGAGAAAACGGGUCUAUUUGGAACCGCGAGGACGGGGAAGCACCGCGACUAUGUCGGCGAAGAAGAAGUGCCCUGUGUCAACAGCGGUCACAUCCGCUCAGACCCAAGCCUCUGCCCGCGAUUAUCCCUCGCUAGCAAUGUGUUGCACUGUCCCACAAAUUGAGGACGACCUAAUAGCUGCUAGCGAUUGCGCCCGGGGGAUCGAGUGA